AUGAAGCGAGCCCGCCCUUCCUCCCCAGGGAUUUUAUCCCCGAAAAAACGCAAACGGGCCCCCAAACGCGGUGAUCUCACGUAUGAGAAUCUCAGGGAGCACGAUCGAGUUGCCCCGCCACUCACAACCUCCGCCCCGUGUAAAGUGAGUGAUGCACAAUACCGCGCUGGUCAUCUCCGACGCGCAAAUAUCUUUGUUGAUGAAGAUACCCCUCCGGACGUCAGUGAUUAUGUGUCCGAUACUUUCUACCUUGUGCCAGAUAAAGACUUUAAGACCCUCCAACGAGUCGCGGACGAGCUCUGGCUCAAAUGCAAAGAACUUGCUAGGAGGUCAUCAGGGGAAGCCGAAUGGACCGCGGCCUUACGUACGGCGAUUGAUGAAUUGAUGCCUCCGGGGCUCGAGAUUGUGCUCAAUCGAGGCAAACAAUUGAACUCUUCCUGGUAUCCUUUCGACUGGCGCGGAGAUUUGAAGCCUCCGGUGCAUAACCCUCGACCAACUAUUUCCCAAAAACAAGACCAGUCACAUCAGCUCGUACAGGAAGGUGUUAAUAUAGCAGGACCGACCGUUCCUAUCUACAAGCUAGAAGAUCCCCGCCCAGCAAUCUGCGUCGGUCUAUCGGAAGAGAGUUUAACUAAUGCCCUCGAACCUACAAAGGGUCGCAGCGCCGCUCGAAACUUCCUGCUAGACCUGCAGGAUACCUUCACUCUAAUUAGUGACCCGCAUGUCACUCCAUCGAGCCUUCGAUUCCCGUUUCUCAUGGUGGAGGCAAAGUCCGGUGCAACGGGUGGGAACCUCUACCAGGCACAGAACCAAGCGGCGGUCAGUGGUUCAUCAGCACUCCGGAUCCUUCAAAGGUUUUCAGAUCUGCAUGCCCAAGCCUUAGAUACGGAAUCCCAAGCUUCGUUCUAUUUGGCUCUUUCGAUCACCACUGACGGCCCGACUCACGAAUUGUGGGUUCAUUAUCAAAGACCCGGGGAGGGGGGUUUCUACAUGGUUUGCAGCAUCGGGUCUUGGAGGACGACUUUGAAAGAUAGCUCGUUUGAAUUUGCGCGGCUUCUGUCAGCGGUGCUGAGGUGGGGAAAUGAUACAUUAGGAGAGACGAUUCUGUACAUGUUGGAAGAAAUGUGAUCAGUCCUUGUUGUAUGAUAUUGGUUGAGUGUUAAGUCGGUAUUCACUUACAUGUG